CUGAAUGAUAGCCGAACACGAGCUGUUGGGGGACAAGGAGCGGUUUUGACAGCACUAGUUCUUGGCUUCCUGGCUUCCCAACGCUUCGUUCUUCUACGCGCGAGUCGAAGCUCCGAAGGCGUAGGGCGGAGGAGCGGCGAUGGGAUCGAGCACAGAAUGUUCGCCAGUCCUCCUCAACAUAGGGGGGAAGAAAUAUGCAACUACGGUUGAUACACUUAUUCAGCGUGAGCCUUAUUCAAUGCUUGCAGCAAUGUUUAGUGGACGACAUAAUGUAUGCCGGGAUUCUGAAACGGGAAUGGUGUUUGUUGAUAGGGAUGGUAAACAAUUCCGACACAUAUUGAAUUGGCUAAGAGAUGGGCUACUUCCCACACUCACAGACAUGGAGUACCAAGAAUUACUUAGAGAAGCAGAAUACUAUCAAUUGCUGGGAUUGAUUGAAUAUAUCAAGUCAAACAUGUGCAAGAAGAAGGAUGAAAAGAUCUUGGAAGCCGAACUUACACGAAAAGAGAUAAUCAAAAUAAUUCAGUCUGCUAAAGUUAGGUUCCGAGGAGUGAAUCUGUCAGGAUUAAAUCUUUCUAAACUUGUAAGUUUUAGGUCAAUUUAA